CCGGACCGGCCGGGUUGGCUCCUCGGUUCUAUAUUUGGAGACGACAUUGCUACAAGUCAAGAAACGACAUUGGUCGAACAAAGAGAGAUGUCUUGAGAGGUUGAAGAGCAAAACCCAGAAGGCAGUAUGGACGGAUUGAUUCUCCUUCCAACGCCACACAAGCUUCUCGUUUGUUUUUCGCCUGAGCUCCACUCAAGAUCCCUUCUUUACAUUCAACGCCGGGAAAUUUCGUCGGUACCCAGUUGCAGUUUUGUCUAUGGCUGUGGUGGUGGUGGGUUCGACGUUUUCUCUGUUUCUCCAGGAGGGUCGUUGGUUCCGGUGUAUGGGAGUUUCAAGAGCACGAGAAGGAGAAGAAAUUCGACGACCCUCUUGAGAGCGAGCCGCAGGGAAUCUCCUUACGAAGUGUUGGGAGUGGCUCCUUCUGCAACUCAGGAUGAAAUCAAAAGGGCCUACAGGAAACUUGCUCUCAAGUAUCACCCUGAUGUCAAUAAGGAGGCAAAUGCUCAGGAGAAAUUUAUGAGGAUUAAACAUGCCUAUAAUACAUUACUAAGCUCUGAAUCCCGAAGAAAGUAUGAUGGUGGAACGUCAUCUUCUGGGUUUUCAUAUUCCGGUGCUGACAGAAGGAAGACGAGUAGUACUGGAAAUGAAGAGGAGUUCUACGGGUUUGGGGACUUCUUCAAAGAUCUCCAAGAAGAGUACCGGAACUGGGAAUCGAGUGCACCAUCAGAUGGCAAGCCAAAGAGCUUAUGGGAAGAAUUGGCGGAAGUUGGGGAAGAAUUUGUAGAAUUCUUAGAGAAAGAGCUUAACAUAACAGACCCAGAUUUGGAACGAAACGCAAAUGAUGGUUCACGAACUGAUAACUCCUUCUCCAGUUCAAGGACUGAAGAAAGUGGAGAUGAUAGUAAAACGAAAGGGAAGGGUGGCACCAUCGAAGAUAGCAUCGAUGAAAUUGAAGCUACCCUUGCUAAGUUGAAGAAGGACUUGGGUUUAUAGCAAAGCAUUGAAAACACCUAUGUGAAGAUGUGAACGAGUCUUGACUUUUAGAAAUCGAGCAGCGAGCAGUUCUUUGUCACAGUGCCAAAGCCACUGGUUGCCAUUUAACAACAGUUGCUCGUUGCUGAUGUCUAGAUGAACUUAGAUUGAAUGCUUAUUACUGCAGAAUGUGACGUUGUUUUAGAAGUGGUGAUUUUUUAUUUCCAAGGCCUCGAGAACAGGGCAAAGAAUGAAAGAACCACCUAAAGUGAAUCCGCACUUUCACACAUUCAUAACUUCUUGCUUCCCGAGAGUAGUUAUGUGGCAAUGCCACAGUACAUUCUGGCAGCAAGUUCUGAAACAAAACAAGAACAGUUGA